AUGAGACAGCCUUCGUCGAGGUAUUGCCACGGCACUGGCACUGCAACAGGAGAUCCCAUAGAGACAACUGCGGUUGGUAACGUCUUCGGUGAGCGGGGCGUGUUUAUUGGCUCUGUGAAGCCGAAUGUUGGGCACUCUGAAGGCUGCUCCGGCAUCACGAGCCUGAUCAAAUCGGUUCUUGCCUUGGAGCAUAAAACGAUACCGCCAAACAUCAAGUUCAAAAAUCCUAAUCCCAAGAUUCCAUUCGCCGAGAAGAAGCUCGCUGUCCCCAUACAACCCACUCCCUUCCCCUUGGACAAGGCAGAAAGGAUCAGCGUCAAUUCAUUCGGUAUCGGCGGCUCUAAUGCUCAUGUGAUCAUUGAAUCGGUGGCCCAGCACCUUUCACGUGGAUAUGUUGCUCAGAGGGCCAGCCGUGCUGGCCAAUCCCUGGCGGCUAAAAGCCCGCAGCUGCUCCUAUAUUCAGCCAAUACCCAAAAGUCACUUAAAGAGCAGGUUGAUUUGUACAGAAGCUAUGCCCGUAACCACCCAGAUUCCAUUCCCGACCUCGCAUAUACUCUCGCCAUCCACCGAGAACGGCUUUCUCAGCGGGCAUUUGCCAUUUGGAACAAUGGGGAGCUCGAAACAUCCGCUCUGUCCAAGGCUCCCACGGGGCCUCCGACCAUUACAAUGAUCUUCAGCGGCCAGGGUGCCCAGUGGGCAGGAAUGGGGAAGAAUCUUAUCGAGACUGAGGCGAGCUUCAGACAAGACUUGGUCUCCAUGGAUGAAAUCCUGCAGAAAUUCAACAAACCUCCCUCCUGGUCGAUACUUGAUGAGCUUCAGAAACCAGCCGAGACCAGCCAGAUCGACCGGGCCGAGAUGGCCCAACCGCUUUGUACGGCAUUGCAAGUAGCUCUUUUUCACAUGCUCAUGCGACUCGGUGUCAAACCCGCGGCAGUUGUCGGUCACUCGAGCGGCGAGAUCGCGGCCGCGUACGCCGCCGGGUACAUCACGCUCGAGUAUGCUCUUGCGGCAGCGUACUAUCGCGGAUAUGUCACCAAGGACGGGGAUCGCUCUAUUGGAGCUAUGGCAGCUAUCGGACUACCUGCUGCCGAUGUGCAGUCAUUCCUGCGUGCUGGUGUGUGUGUUGCUUGCGAAAACAGUCCGAGCAGCACGACCAUCUCCGGCGAUAAGGAAGCUCUGAAGGAGGUCAUUGCCGGCUUGAAGGAAGCAAAGCCAGAUGUCUUUGCUCGUCUCCUCAAAGUUGAGAUGGCGUACCAUUCUCACCACAUGAAGCCUCUUGGCAAAGAAUACCUGGAGCUGCUCCAGGCUGAGAACAACUUUGGCACCCCGCGUUCUGAAGACAAGGCUACAUUCAUCUCAAGUGUCACAUGCAAACGCGUGGACGAUCCUACUUCUUUCGGCCCGCAAUACUGGGUGGACAAUCUGACCUCUCCAGUCCUAUUUGACUCUGCUGUAACUAACUUGAAGACAAGCGGUAGCAACGUUUUCCUGGAAGUCGGUCCUCAUUCCACACUUGCUGGACCCCUUCGCGACAUCUGUUCGAAGCUGUCGAAACCCUUUAAUUACAUCGCAAGCCAGAUCCGGAACCAAGACAGUACCACAUCCUUCCUCUCUGCUGUUGGUAAAAUGUAUCAGGAGGCUUUGCCCAUUGAUGUCAAGGCUCUCUUUUCAGAGGACAGACAAGCCCUAAGUGGACUGCCCGUCUACCCUUGGGACCACAGCGGAUCAUACUGGUAUGAAAGCCGCCUGUCAAGCGCCUGGCGCCAGCGCCCGUUUCCCCAUCAUGCUCUUCUCGGUGAGCGGACAGUCGACUCACCCGAUUUCUCACCAAUAUGGCGGAACAUGCUUAGUCUCGAAGACGUGCCCUGGAUCAUAGACCAUAAGAUUGGUCACGAUGUCGUCUUCCCUCUAGCUGGAUACAUUUCCAUGGCUGGAGAAGCCAUUCGACAGACUACAAGGGUUGAAACGGGCUACCAUCUGCGGAACGUCGAAGCCCGUGGUGCAGCAGAGAGCGAAUCCUGGUACAACUUCUCCAUUGCUUCAUGUAAUGGCGAUUCCUGGUUGAUUCAUUGUACUGGCCAAGUAUCACCGCUGUCCGAGAGUCAGACUCAGGUACUGCCCCAGAUUGCCACACUUAGUAAACUGCCUCGAAAGCUCACCUCCAUGCGAUUUUACGAAGCGAUGGCGCGGGUCGGGGUAGUAUUCGGGCCGGAGUUCCAGCGUCUCGUGGAUAUCACGUCCUCCGCGACAGACUCGCUGGCAGAAGCUCAUGUUGUGAGCCCCGCACCGCUGGAGAACAAGACACCAUUUGCGCUACAUCCUACGGCCAUCGAUGCGUGUAUCCAACUGCUGAUUGUCGCAGCUGCUCGAGGCUUGUGCCGCAACCUUGACCAGCUUGAGGUACCAGUCGUGGUUGGGAAUGUCAAGGUCUUCAGCGGUGCGGCUAACCUGAGGGCCUGGGCACACGACUUCACCCAAGGCGUAGAGUGCCUGACCGAGGACGGAAAGGUAGCCUUGCAAAUGUCAGAAGUGCAGCUGGCUCCUUUGGGGGCGGAGGCGGCGGAUGUGGUUGAUGUUCAUGCUGGCGCCCGCUUGCAGUGGCUUCCAGACUUCGACUUUGUAGACCCCAGAGGCCUAUUCGAUAAGCCCCAACGUCCGUUGCUGGAGAUAGAACUCGAAGAGCAACUAAUUCUGCUCUGUGUGCUUGAGUCGAAGGAUAAGGUGGCUAACGUCCCGCCCUGCCACCCACACCUGGCCAAAUACCGUGAGUGGCUCGCGCUUCAGGCGCGCAGGGCGGCUGCUGGAGAGUACACCCUUGUCGAACAGGCCAGAGAAUGGGUCGGACUGCCUCGCGCUGAAAGGCAUAAACUCAUUGAAGAAACAUACGCGAAGGUAAUGGCUCUUCCUGGCUUGCACGCUUACUCGGUCGGCAUCAAGCGCAUCUGCGAGCACGCAGACAAGAUCUUCACUGGUGAAGCCGACACUUUGGAGUUGCUAAUGCAAGAUGACAUUCUCUCCGCGCUUUACGACUCGGUGAGUUUUGGAUACGGCGACUUUGUCCGACUGCUCUCCAACAACCGACCCAACCUUCGCAUCCUUGAAGUUGGUGCAGGGACAGGCGGAACAACCGAACAAACCCUUCGCGGUUUGAUUGAAGAGAGUAGCCUUCCUCCCUACUCCGUUUAUACCUUUACCGAUCUUUCUGCGGGCUUCUUUCCGCAAGGCAAAGAACGGUUUGCCUAUGCGCCUAACAUGGAAUUCAAGACUUUCGACAUUUCCCAAGACGGUAUUGCUCAGGGCUUCGAAGCCUCGUCCUACGACAUCAUCCUCGCCCCUAAUGUUGUUCACGCGACAGCAUCCUUGAAGGAAACGCUAUCAAACCUGGAAGCGCUGCUGAAGCCUGAUGGAUUUCUCAUCUUGUCCGAACUGUGCUCCCUCAUUCAGUCGCCCAACUACAUUUUUGGCAAUUUCGUCGGAUGGUGGCUAGGUGAGGCUGAUGGCCGAGACUGGGAGCCCUAUGUCCAGCCGCAGAGGUGGGAUAUUGACCUGAAGGCGGCCGGCUUCACCGGUGUCGACGCCUUUGUGCCGGACCAGGAAGUACCUUCCUACCGGCUUGCGGCCACGAUCAUCUCUCAGCCUGCGCGAAAGAACCAGGUGCCAGAGAUCGCCCGAGCAAUAACCUUGCUGUACCAAAAUGCAAACGCGGACAUUGUAACGCGACUCCAGUUGUAUCUGCAGGACUGUGGCUUGCAGGUUGAGAAGUGCCGGCUGGGGGAGAAGAUGCCUCUCAAAGGCCAGGACAUCAUCGCUACCGUUGGAUUGGAGAGCGACUUUUUCGGCGAAGACCUGACGGCUGAUCGACUGGCCGCAUUCCAGGCCCUGAUCCGACACGUCGAUGCCGAGAAGGUUCUAUGGCUGUGUCCGCCAUUCCAGGUGCGGUGCAAGGACCCGCGGUCUGCGCAGACGCUCGGCGUCGCUCGAACGGUGCGGACAGAGCUGUCCCUUCCGCUAUUCACCAUGGAGAUCGAUACCAACGAGAGCCGGUUCGAUGAACUAGUCUAUGGUGUCUUGCAGAAGAUUCGGACCACCAAAGACGAGGCAAGCCUCCAUGCAGACAAGGAGUUCGUGGUCAUUGACGGUCAAGUGUGCAUUGGCCGUUAUCACCCGUUUGAAUUGAAGAAAGAGCUUCCAUCUUCAACCUUGACCCUGGACUCCGCGGCAGCUUAUCUCAUCGUCGGAGGUGCAGGUGGUUUGGGUCGAUCCAUGGCCACUUGGUUGGUCGAGCAUGGGGCCACCGAUUUGAUCAUACUUUCCCGACACGCCGGCAAGGAUGAAGAGAGUCAGAGUCUCUCACAUGAGCUUGGUCAGAUGGGAUGUACCGCCCACUUGGUGGCGGGAAGCGUCGAAAAUGCCGAUGAUAUUGCUCAGGCCAUUGACAGUACGAAGAAGGUGAUCAAGGGCGUCUUCCAGCUAGCCAUGGUGCUGAAGGAUGCGCCACUCUUGGAGAUGACAUACUCGGAUUGGGUCGAUGUCAACGGCCCCAAGGUGAAGGGGACGUGGAAUCUCCAUAAUGUGUUGAAGGACCAGCCUCUGGAUUUCUUUUGGCUAGCGAGCUCCAUCCUGACAGCUGCGGACACGCCCGGCCAGGCCAACUACCUUGCUACGGGGACGUUCCUCGAGGCUUUCUGCCAAUUCCGACAUUCCCUUGAACUGCCCGCAUCGGUGCUGAACAUCUCGCCCGUCGAGGUGUGUUGGAUUCCCAAAAAGAACUUGAAGGCGCAAGGAAUCUACACCUUGCGGGAGCGCGAGUUCCUCGACUUCUUGGAGCUCAAUCUCAUCGAGAGUGUUCCAUCCGCUGACGGGAAGACCGGUCCAACGGCCAUCCCUCCAAAGCCUUGGUUGAACCGUUCUCAAGUCCUGAUGGGAUUGCGCUCGGAGCAGGACCUGGCCGACCCGCAGAACCGCGCCACUUGGCGCCACAAUCGUCGCAUGGGCCUGUAUCGCAACCAACGGGCGCGCGAGUCGGAGAGCACUGGAGACAGCAAGAGCGGCUCGAAGACAAGUGCGCUGCAGGCUUUCCUAGAACGGGUGCGCGAACUGGGGGAUGAGAGCCUCCUACGCGGGGAGGGAGUGGAUUUCCUUGCCGUCGAAUUGGGCAAGAAGAUCUACGACCUGAUGCUCAAACCGCAUGACGAGGAAGAGAUGGAUACUGGACCGGACACUGGACGCAGAUCGGGCUCGAUUCGUUAA